GCGACGGCGUCAUUCUCUGUGCGAAAAGUAGUCAAUUGGUCAAGUUCGUGAGGAGCUACAACUAAAUUCAGUGGACGUUGGUAGUGACGUGGCCUUUAGGCAAAUUAACUGAAUUGUGAUCUAGUAAAUCAAAUUGAAUACAGGAUGAAGUAUUUGUUGCUUCUGAGCAUUUUACUUUUGGCAGGCGUUAACCAAAUUGUCGCCGAUGGAGCUGGUGAUGAUGGCAGUGCAGAAACCAUUGAAUUGGAUUUGGGCUCCUUUAAGGAAGGUUCUAGAACAGAUGCCGAGACGCUUAAACGUGAAGAAGAAGCCAUUAAAUUGGACGGCCUCAAUGUGGCACAACUAAAAGAAAUACGCGAAAAGGCGGAAAAGUUCACAUUCCAAACGGAGGUGAAUCGCAUGAUGAAAUUGAUCAUCAAUUCGCUGUACCGCAACAAGGAGAUUUUCUUGCGUGAGCUGAUCUCAAACGCCUCCGAUGCGAUUGACAAGAUUCGUCUACUGGCCUUAACCAACCGCAAGGAGCUCGAAUCGAAUCCUGAACUGCAUAUACGCAUCAAGGCCGAUAAGGAGAACAAGGUGCUGCAUAUUUUUGAUUCUGGCAUUGGCAUGACGCAUCAGGAUCUCAUUAACAAUUUGGGCACAAUUGCCAAGUCCGGCACUGCGGAUUUCUUGGCCAAAAUGCAGGAUCCCAGCAAGUCCGAUGGUCAGGAUUUGAAUGAUAUGAUUGGUCAGUUCGGUGUGGGCUUUUACUCAGCUUUCCUGGUCGCCGACCGUGUGGUGGUCACCACCAAACACAACGAUGACAAGCAGUACAUCUGGGAAUCGGAUGCCAACAGCUUCAGCAUUACUGAGGAUCCCCGUGGUGAUACACUGAAACGUGGCUCCAUUAUUUCCUUGUACCUGAAGGAUGAGGCACAGGAUUUCCUGGAGGAGGAUACAGUGCGCGAACUGAUUCGCAAAUACUCGCAGUUCAUCAAUUUUCCAAUUAUGAUGUGGUCCAGCAAGACUGUGGAGGAGGAGGUGCCAGUUGAGGAGGAAGCGCCCAAGGCCGAAAAGACUGAAGAUGAUGUCGAUGAGGCCGAUGAGGAUGCCAAGGUUGAAGAAGAUACUGAAGAUGACAAGCCCAAGACCAAGAAGGUUUCAAAGACCAUCUGGGAUUGGAUGCUCAUUAACGAUAGCAAACCCAUCUGGACACGCAAACCAUCGGAAGUCACCGAAGAGGAAUACAACGCAUUCUACAAGAGCCUCACCAAGGACUCGAGCGAGCCCCUUACCCAGACACACUUCAUUGCUGAAGGUGAAGUCACUUUCAAGAGUUUACUGUAUAUUCCCAAGGUUCAGCCAUCUGAAUCCUUUAAUCGUUACGGCACCAAGUCCGACAACAUUAAGCUCUAUGUGCGCCGUGUGUUCAUCACCGACGAGUUUAAUGACAUGAUGCCCAACUAUCUGAGUUUCAUUCGCGGCGUUGUCGAUUCCGAUGAUUUGCCAUUGAAUGUCUCCCGUGAGAAUCUGCAGCAGCACAAGCUCAUCAAGGUUAUCAAGAAGAAACUGGUGCGUAAGGUGCUUGACAUGAUUAAGAAGAUUGACAAGGCUGCCUACGAGAAGUUCUGGAAGGAAUUCUCCACCAACAUCAAAUUGGGUGUCAUGGAAGAUCCCAGCAAUCGUUCACGUCUCGCCAAGCUGUUGCGCUUCCAGACAUCGCACGACAAGAGCGUCACCUCGCUGGCUGAGUACGUGGAGCGCAUGAAGGCGAAGCAGGAGCACAUCUACUUCAUUGCCGGUGCUAACCGUGCCGAGGUUGAGAAGUCUCCAUUCGUUGAGCGUCUGCUCAGCAAGGGCUAUGAGGUGCUCUACCUGGUUGAAGCCGUUGAUGAGUACUGCAUUUCGGCUCUGCCCGAAUUCGAUGGCAAGAAAUUCCAGAACGUUGCCAAGGAGGGCUUCAAACUGAACGAGUCUGAGAAGAGCAAGGAGAAGUUUGAGACACUAAAGAACACUUUCGAGCCAUUGGUUAAAUGGUUGAAUGAUGUCGCCCUCAAGGAUCAGAUUUCCAAGGCACAGAUUUCGGAGCGUCUGAGCAACUCGCCUUGCGCACUGGUGGCUGGCGUAUUUGGUUGGACUGGCAAUAUGGAGCGUCUGGCCAUGUCGAAUGCCCAUCAAAAGGCUGACGAUCCUCAACGUAGUUACUAUCUGAAUCAGAAGAAGACAUUGGAGAUCAAUCCCAGGCAUCCGCUUAUGCGUGAGCUGUUGCGUCGUGUCGAGGCUGAUGAAGCUGAUGAAACAGCCAAGGAUAUGGCUGUCAUGAUGUUCCGCACUGCCACUCUGCGAUCUGGCUACAUGCUGCAGGAGACCUCAACCUUCGCCGACAGCAUUGAGAAAAUGAUGCGACAGACACUUGGCGUCGCUCAAGAUGAACAGAUCGAGUUCGAUGAGGAGGAUGAUGACGAUGCGGAUGACGUGAAAUCAGCUAGCAGCGAGAGCACGAAUGCCGAGGAAGACGAUGAGGAGCAACAGCAUGAUGAGCUCUAAGUCCGUGAUACUUAUCACAACCCACAUGCAGAUAUACAAAUGGUGUAAAUAUAAGAUCGUGGCAAACAGACUGAGUUCAUAACCCUACACAUGGAGGGGAUUCACUACCGUUGCAUCAACAGUACUUCUUCGUAGCCACAUGCUUAGUUCUAAGAAAGAGAAUUUCGUAAUAUUCCAAUUAUAAAGCUCUCUGCGACAACUGUGCAAGUCGUAGUUGUAUGCUCAAAUAAAUCUAAACUUUAAUAUUUAAACAAAUGAGAUAGUCUUGUAUGAAGUGAAUGAUUCAAAACAGAAAUAUAUAAUUGAAUGCUAACGUUAAA